AUGCUUAGAUCUGUGAUCAACAAGAAGGCUAGCACUAAGCUUGGGAGUAGACUCUUUUCCAGAGAUGCUACCCCUUACGACCAAACCAUCAACAACCUACGUCUGACAAAGGAUACCAAGGUCAUCAUUCAGGGUUUCACAGGAAGACAAGCUUCUUUCCAUGCCAAACUCUCGCAAGAAUACGGCACCAACAUUGUCGGUGGAACGAAUCCUAAAAAGGCCGGUCAGACACAUUUGGGCCAACCAGUCUUUGCUUCUGUCGCAGAAGCCAUCAAGGAAACCGGCGCCACUGCUUCCGGGAUCUUUGUGCCUCCUCCAAUUGCCGCACAGGCCAUCAAGGAAGCCGUUGAGGCUGAAAUUCCCUUGGCGGUUUGCAUCACUGAAGGUAUUCCUCAGCACGACAUGUUGUACGUUGCAGAAAUGCUAAAAUCUCAAUCCAAGACUCGUCUUGUGGGACCCAACUGUCCUGGUAUCAUGUCUCCAGAAGGCCGUGUCCGUAUUGGUAUUCAGCCAUCGAAGAUCUUCAAGCCAGGUAAAAUCGGUAUUGUUUCCAAAUCCGGUACUUUGACUUACGAAGCCGUACAGCAGACCACUAUCACAGGCCUAGGUCAAUCUCUUGUCAUCGGUAUUGGUGGUGAUGCUUUCCCAGGUACUGACUUCAUUGACGCUCUAAAGUACUUUAUGAACGAUCCUACCACCGAAGGUAUCGUCAUGUUGGGUGAGAUUGGUGGUAAGGCUGAAAUCGAAGCUGCGGAAUUCUUGAAAGAAUACAACUUGAAGCGCUCCACUCCAAUGCCAGUGGCUUCCUUCAUUGCCGGUACUGUCGCAGGUCAAAUGAAGGGUGUCAGAAUGGGACACUCUGGUGCUAUCGUUGAAGGUUCUGGCACAGAUGCUGAAUCCAAGAAGGCUGCCUUGAGAGAGGCCGGCGUUGCUGUUGUCGAGUCUCCAGGUCGCUUGGGUGAUGCUCUAGUGAAAGAGUUUGCUAAGUUGUAA